CUCGCCGUUCUCGCCCCGCAGUGGACUAUGGGCUGCCCCUGCCGCCGCCGCCACCGAAGCCCAAGAAGUACCCGGAUAAAGAGGAUGAGAUGGAGACGGACGAGGAGAAACUCAAGCCGGGGAAGCCCAAGAAAGGUGGCAGCAGCAAGGAGGAGGAGGAGGACCCCUGGGUGGAGGAGAAGGGCCGGGAUCGCAAAGGAAAACCCAAAAAACCAGGUGGGAAGAAGUGGGAGACGGAUGAGGACGAAUGGGCCCCUCCGGAGGAGAAGACGAAGUGUCCCCCCAUCGGGCUGGAGUCCCACCGCAUCGAAGACGACCAGCUCCUGGCCUCGUCCAUGCUGCGCCACGGCCUGGGCGCGCAACGCGGGCGCCUCAACAUGCAGGUAGGAGCCACCGCGGCCCCGGCGCAGUCCCGCGCCGGCACGGCCCCGCACCCACCGAUGUUUUACGGCAACGUGGACAAGGACACGCCGGUGUUGACUGAGUUCCCGGAGCCGAUGGUGGCCCGCUACAUCCGCAUCUACCCCCAGACCUGGAACGGCAGCCUCUGCCUGCGCCUCGAGGUCCUGGGCUGUCCCCUCUCCACUGUCAGCAGCUACUACACACAGCAGAACGAGGUGACGUCCACUGACAACCUGGAUUUCCGCCACCACAGCUACAAGGACAUGAGGCAGCUCAUGAAGGUGGUCAACGAGGAGUGUCCCACCAUCACCCGCAUCUACAACAUCGGCAAGAGCUCACGGGGGCUCAAGAUCUAUGCCAUGGAGAUCUCUGACAACCCGGGCGAGCACGAGACCGGAGAGCCCGAAUUCAGGUACACGGCUGGGCUGCACGGCAACGAGGUGCUAGGCCGAGAGCUGUUGCUCCUGCUCAUGCAAUUCCUGUGCAAGGAGUACCAGGACGGCAACCCCCGCGUGCGGAGCCUGGUCACUGAAACCCGCAUCCACCUUGUGCCGUCCCUCAACCCUGAUGGCUAUGAGCUUGCCCGCGAGGCGGGCUCAGAGCUGGGCAACUGGGCGCUGGGCCACUGGACAGAGGAGGGCUACGACCUCUUUGAGAACUUCCCUGACCUGGCGUCACCACUGUGGGCGGCUGAGGAGAGGAAGCUGGUGCCGCACAAGUUCCCCAACCAUCACAUCACCAUCCCGGAGCACUACCUGGUUGAGGAUGCCACGGUUGCGGUGGAGACACGAGCUGUCAUGGCCUGGAUGGAGAAGAACCCCUUCGUGCUGGGAGCCAACCUGCAGGGCGGCGAGAAGCUGGUGUCCUACCCCUUUGACACAGCGCGGCCCCGCAGCGAGACGCCAGCGGCCCCCCCUCGCCCACCAGAUGACUAUGAGGACGAAAACCCCGAGCUGCAGGAGACGCCAGACCACGCCAUCUUCCGCUGGCUUGCCAUCUCCUACGCCUCAGCCCACCUCACCAUGACGGAGACCUUCCGCGGUGGCUGCCACACGCAGGACAUGACCGACGCCAUGGGCAUCGUGCAGGGCGCCAAGUGGCACCCACGGGCUGGCACCAUGAACGACUUCAGCUACCUGCACACCAACUGCCUGGAGCUCUCCAUCUACCUGGGCUGUGACAAGUUUCCCCAUGAGAGCGAGCUGCAGCAGGAGUGGGAGAACAACAAGGAGUCUCUGCUGACCUUCAUGGAGCAGGUUCAUCGGGGCAUCAAGGGCCUGGUGACAGACCAGCAGGGUGAACCCAUCGCCAACGCCACCAUUGUUGUUGGGGGGAUCAACCACAACGUCAAGACAGCUAGCGGCGGGGACUACUGGCGCAUCCUGAACCCGGGCGAGUACCGUGUGUCAGCCCGGGCCGAGGGCUACAACCCCAGCGUCAAGACCUGCAGUGUUUUCUACGACAUCGGGGCCACGCAAUGCAACUUCGUGCUGUCGCGCUCCAACUGGAAGCGCAUCCGGGAGAUCAUGGCCCUGAACGGGAACCGGCCCAUCCGCCGCAUCGUGCCCGGGCGCCCCAUGACGCCCCGCGAACGCAUGCGCCUCCGCAUGCGGCUCCGCCCCGUGGCUCUAUGCCAGCCCACCCAUGAGGACUUAAGAGGAUGA